AUGAUUGGAAUCGCCCUUCUCGGCGCGGGCCUCUUCGCCCAGGAGCAACACCUCCCCGCCGUCCAGUCCAGCAAAACUUUUGAGCUCCGAGCCGUCUACUCGCGCUCCCUCAAGUCGGCCUCGGCCCUGGCCGCAAACACGUCAUCCCCCGACGCGGUGACGACCUACGCAGACGAUCACCCGACGCCGUCCCGCUCGCUCGCCGACCUCCUGGCGCGCACCGACGUGAGCGCCGUCAUCAUCUGUCUGCCCAUCCCGGCGCAGCCUGGCGCCAUCCGUCUCGCCCUCGCCGCAGGGAAGCAUGUUCUCUCAGAGAAGCCGAUCGCGCCCUCCGUCGCCGACGCCCGCGCCCUCGUGUCCUGGCACCAGUCGCUCGCGCGCGCGCCCGUCUGGGCCGUCGCCGAGAACUACCGCUUCGUCGACCCCCUGACAUUUGGCGUCGCGCAGCUGCGCGCCAUCGGCGGCGCCGUCGUGACGUUCCGCCUCGACAUGUUCUCGCUCGUCGCGGACGAGAGCAAGUACUUCAACACGGCGUGGCGCAAGACGCCGGCGUACCAGGGCGGGUUCCUGCUCGACGGCGGCGUCCACUUCAUCGCCGGGCUCCGCAUGCUGCUGGGGGCUGUCGGAGACGAUGUCGGCGAGGUCUCGGCGCACACGGCGCUGCUGCAGGCGAAGCUGGCGCCCGUAGACACGGUGCAUGCUGUGGCGAAGACGGAAAGGGGUGCCCUCGGCACGAUGAGCAUAUCGUUCGGGACCGAGUUCAGAAGCGGGUUUGAGGUGCAGGUUGUCACGACGGAGGGAUCGGUCACGAUGACGCCAGUGGACGUGAAGGUAGCGAAGCGGGGUCAAGAUGGAAAGAAGGUGGAGGAGAGAAGGGAGUUUACGAGGUCUUCGGGCGUACCGGCCGAGCUCGAGGCUUUCGGCGCGAGUCUGGGAAAAAGCACUGCUGAUGAGAGGCAGAACACUGCACAGGCACUGAAGGAUCUGGCGAUUCUACAGGGUCUGCUUGAAUCUGGUGCGGCCGACGGGCAGGCGAAACAGGUUUAA